AUGUCCAAGCCGACUCUAAUUUUCGCGCCGGGCGCGUGGUACCCAUCCACCAUCUUCAACCCAAUCAUCGAGCGGCUCUCCGACUACACCUGCCACAGUGUCGCGUUCCCCUCUAUCGAGCAAGCCAGCUCAGUCACCGAUCUCCAGCCCGACAUUGAAGCUGUGCGAUCUAUCACCCAGCAGGAAGCAGAUGCUGGCCAUGACAUUGUCAUCAUCGCGCACAGCUGGGCCGGACUACCGGUAAGCAGCGCGUUAGACGGACUGAGCAAGUCAGAGCGCGAAGCAGCCGGCCAAAAAGGCGGCGUCGUGAAACUCAUCUUUAUUGCUGCUUUCCUACCUGUCAUUGGAGAGGGUCUGAUCAACGCUUUUGGUGGCACGCCUCCGCCGUGGUACGUGCUCGAUGAGGAGAAUGGGACCGUGACUACGAGUGACCCGCUCAUACUAUUUUUCCGAGAUGUUCCUGAUGGCGAAGAGUGGGUUAAGCUUCUGAAGCCACAUUCUUGGGCGACUCAGAUUGCGCCUGCUACCGGUACAGCAUACAUGAAUAUCCCCUCUACUUAUCUUCUUACCGAGGAGGAUCUCACGACUCCGUUCCCUGUUCAGCGGGUAUUUGUUGAACGGGCGCGACGAAAGGGCGCGCAGAUUGAAACCGAGAAUAUCAAGACUGGGCACACGCCGUGGUUGGUCUUGCCGGAUGAGUUGGUUGCUUACAUCAAGAAGCAUACUGGAGACUCGGCAUAG